AGACUGAGAGGACUCUGUAAUAUGUAUAAAUGAUGAUGUAGGUUGUUGUAGUUGAUACCCUGCAGCGCAAUGGACAACGGAGGCAAGCCAGUCCAUAUCCCCAACCAGACAAUAUUGAGGAGUGAUGGAUUACUGAAGUAUAUUCUGGAGAGCAGCGUUUACCCGCGCGAGCCGGAGCCUCUCCGAGAGUUGAGGAAUGCCACCAACAACCACCCACUGCACUUCAUCGCCGCUUCCCCUGACGUGGGUCAGCUCAUAGCCUUGCUCUUGAAGCUCAUGAACGCAAAAAAGACGAUUGAAGUCGGAGUGUUUACAGGCUACUCCCUUCUCCUCACUGCGCUGAACAUUCCCGAUGAUGGAAAGGUAAUAGCGUUGGAUCCAGCCAGAGAUUUUUAUGAAAUUGGGCUUCCAUUCAUAAAAAAGGCCGGUGUGGAACACAAGAUUGAGUUCCUGGAGUCCCCGGCUCUGCCAAUUUUGGAUAAACUCCUAGAAGAUCCUGCAAACCAAGGAAGCUUUGACUUCGCGUUCGUGGAUGCAGACAAGAACAAUUAUUGGAAUUACCACGAGAGGCUGAUGAAAUUGGUGAGGAUCGGUGGGAUAAUUGCGUACGAUAACACGCUUUGGGGUGGGAGUGUAGCGAUGCCGGAAGAGGAAGUUCCAGAGCAGAAAAGAGAAUGGAGAAAGCACGCAAUUGAUUUCAACAAAGCGAUCGCAGAGGAUUCUCGUCUGGAACUUGCGUUUGCUUCCCUUGGUGAUGGCCUCAGUAUUUGCAGGCGCCUCCUUUGAAUUUCAUCCCAAUCUUGUGGGAUCAUCAAUAACAAACAACCUUGCAAUAGCCUGUGGCAAGUAGGGUUGGUGCGUCAUGCGUGGCCAAUCGCAAAAUGCACCCAAUUUAUGAUCAAUCUCGUGUAAUGUUCAUGUAUUUUUACAUUUCACACAUAUAAUAAAAGAUAAUAUGCCAAAA